AUGGGUGCGAUGCGCGGCCUUGUCGAAGUUCGGUACGCAGCGACUGAGAUUGCGCCGGCGAAGUCGGCCCGUUCCCGCGGGUCGUAUCUCCGGGUGUCGUUCAAGAACACUCGUGAGACUGCCCAGGCGAUCAACGGCUGGAAGCUCCAGCGCGCCCAGACCUUCCUUGAGAACGUCAUCGAGAAGAAGGAGGCCGUUCCCAUGAGACGGUAUGCUGGUUCCAUCGGCCGGACCGCCCAAGGCAAGCAGUGGGGUGUUUCUCGCGCCCGUUGGCCCGUCAAGUCCGCCCAGUUCCUGCUGGGUCUCCUGAAGAAUGCCGAGGCCAACGCUGAUGCCAAGGGCCUCGACACGGGCAACUUGAUUGUCAAGCACAUCCAGGUCAACCAGGCCCCUAAGCAGCGCCGCCGGACAUACCGCGCCCACGGCCGCAUCAACCCCUACAUGUCGAACCCUUGCCACAUCGAGCUCAUCCUCACCGAGGCCGAUGAGGCCGUCCAGAAGUCGGAGGCGGUUGUUCGCGACGAGUCUCACCUUAGCUCCAGGCAGCGCGGUGUCCGCGUCCGCCGGGCUAUCACGGCUGCUUGA